AUGGAUGGCCACCAGUAUUGGGUCCGCCAGAGGCGGAUGAUGAUGUUUGCAGCAAGUUUGAUGCUUCAAGACAGCAGCUUCAGACAAAAUCAAAAUGAUGAGGGUCGCAGCAGGAGACAGCGAGUGCUACCCAGAUCAGCGCUGUUAAGCCCAAGCCAAUCGCCUUGGGUUGCUGUUUACAAUUCUGGUAGUGAUCAAGCCAUGAUUACAAUUACUGGAUUUGACAAUCGAGCAUUCAGAAACUUGUUGGAGUUGUUUGCUCCUUGGUUUAACAGCCACACUCCCUGGACUGGAAGACAAGAUGGCACCACUUGCAAGAGACUGCGUCGUCGCCGCUUCAAUAGUGGAAGAAAUCGCAUCAUCAGUGAGAGUGCUUGUUUGGCAUUGGUUCUCACUUGGUACAGAUUUCGCGGAGCUUUGUUCCAACUGCAAGGUUGGUUUGGCUUUACCAGUACUCACACCAGUGUUUGGUUGAGGUUUGGAAGACGUGGCUUGCUUUCCCUUCUCCAAAACCAUCCACUUGCAAGAGUGGCGAUUCCAACUGAUGAGAAGAUCGAGCGAUUGAAAGAAGCUGUUCUUCAUCGUCACCCAGCCUUGGAAAAUGUCUAUUGUGUGGCCGAUGGACUUAAGCUUACCUUUGAGCGACACGAUGAUCUUGAUGAGCAAUCCAUGUACUACAAUGGAUGGACGCACGACCAUUACAUAACCAAUCUGUUCGUGUUCUCUGUGGAUGGGUAUAUCAUUCACUGUAUUCUGAACGCUCCGGGUUCAAUGCAUGACUCCACUUUGGCAGCUUAUGGUGGCACAUAUGAUCUCUUGGAAUCCAUCCACCAGCGCACAGGAGGAAUUUGUUGUGUGGACUCAGCCUUCACAGCAACCAACAAUCCAUUUAUCAUCAAGUCUUCAGAGAACUUUUCCACAGCUGAAACAGCAGCUGAAAUGAUUGUUCGCGACCAAGCUACCUCUCUUCGACAAGCCGCUGAAUGGGGCAUGAGAGCCUUGCAAGGUGCCUUCCCUCGCUUGAAAGACCGAAUCCAACUUGAAGAAAACGGCGAGCGUAUCAUUAUUCUGAAGCUUAUGACUUGCCUUUACAAUGCCAGAAUCUCAUUGGUGGGUCUCAACCAGCUACAGAACACAUAUGUUCCCAUGUGGAGCAUCGACGCUCGCUACUUCAUUACUCCCUAG